UGUCUUACCUUUAAAUGAGUUAUGCUGUAUAUACAAGUAUUUGCUUGGGAUCAAUCAACAUACAGACAUAUUCACUUGUAAAAUCUAAAACCCUGAAUAUGCAGAUCGCUGUUUGAGGAGGAAAAGAUACACCACUCAUCACAAUUAGCUGGCUAGCUUGUUGCUAAUAAAAAACAAAUAUGGAGGCAUCCCCUUUGUUUUUUCCCCAUUUCAUAUGUCGAAUGACCUUCCAAUCCAACCUGCGAGUUACUACCACGAGGUAAGUCAAAUGCAGUAUGGCCCUCGCUAUCUACCUAAAAAGUGUUUGGACCCACGCCUCUACUGCAUCUACAUUGGAUUUCUCAUUAAUGUGAUAUUGAACAUCACGGGUAAAUGGUGUGUGACUAUAUUGUGACCCUAAUCUCGUGUCUGAGAUCAGUAAAAAAAAAAAAAAAAAAACGCCAUUGUACCUGCACUCUAGCGAUGUCUCCCUGUGACAUCAUCGCAGCACACAAUCACUGACUUCUCACACGAAUAACAAAAAUACAGCACCAAACAACAAAUCAACAACAGAAUCACUAAAAGUAUCACAAAAAAGUCUAUCUAUACAUAUGCAAUGUGUUGGAGGGUAGAGUUUUCCUUUAAGGGAGUAACAUCUCCUCAGUCCCAUCUGGUGGCUUUGUAUUAAUCCAAUAACAACAUGGCGGCCAUCUGCUCUAAUAUAGAUUGCAUUGUCAUUCCCAGACACUUCCCAUAGCGCUUCCUACUACAUCCUGGACCUGUGGGGUGUUUUGUAAAGCUGUUAGUCUGGCUUAGGAAUUUUUAUAUAUAAUUUUUAAUUACAGUAAUAAAAUUGGGAUUAAUGACGCUCGCGGUAGGUGGCGCUAAAAUGCGCAGAACCGACGCCUAGCGGACAGCAGGCAGGACAACACCGCUACUUUUAUUCCGCAAUGGAAAGUUUGAAAGUGUCUCACUCGAUGGGAAAUUUAGCUGAAAAAGAAAUGGUGAAAUAAUGCUGCGUAGACCUUUUAUACUCCACAAAAGCGUGGAGGAUGGGAACACGGACUCUGGAGCCGAAACUGCAGGAUCAGACUGCAGCAAAAUGUCUUGCAGUAGCAUUGACCUCAUGACUCGUGAUCCCCUACCAGUCGCCAUGCACCUGCUGUCCAACCCGGGUGACUCUCUCCUCCUCCAGCACACACUGGACCGCCUGCUUGAUUGGGUGUGUCCUGGUUUGCGCCUCUUCCAUGUGUCUGAACGCGCAUGCCCGGUACGCGAGUACACCCGUGCUCACUUGUGCCCGCCAAGCAGCUACCCUUCUCUAGCCGUCACCUUUUUUCUGCAUGAGUCCUACGGUGAAGAACGCAUCCUCCGGGUCCUUGACUUCCUCCAGCGCCCACCCUGGCAGUACCACCACACUGAGAAUGGCCAUGCGAGCUCUGAUGCCAUGCUCCGACCAUACCUGCUGCCUGGACGGGACUUCUACAGUCUUGGCCCAGGUAUGCCAGUGUGGGCCGUGCGUCCGGUGCAUUGCGGAGGUGAAGUGCUGCGAGUGACUCUGCACAGCGGGCACGAGAACUUUGAGGACUCUGUGAGACUUUACGAGACAGUGCUGCGCGUGAGAGCUGAGGAGCAGAAAGCUGGGUUUUGCUGGUUUACCUUGCUGAAAGAAAGGACUUUCAGUCUGCAGCUAGCGCUCAAGCAGCUGGCGCCUGGUGUGCGGGUGGAGACGUGCCACUCUGCUGUGCUGCAGUUCAGGGUGGGCGAGAUCGGCCAGCUCGUGCCCCUGCUGCCCAACCCGUGCUCACCUAUCAGCGCCACCCGCUGGCAGACGGAGGACCUGGAUGGUAGCAAGAUCCUCUUUCAGGUUAAAGGAGGAACACAGCCACAGAGGCUCUUCACAUCGGCUUUUCCCCUAAGCUGCCCUGCUCUUCCUUCUAGAUCGCUGUUGAGGUGCCCAGUCCCCAUCUCAGCCUCGCCGGGCACCAGGCUGUGCCAGCUUAAAGAGCGUGCUCUGGGUAGCACUGCUGGAUCCCACAGAUUGGCAGGAGGUGCCACAGAGAGCUUUGGUUCCAGCAGUGCUUGUAGUACUCCUCCUGGCAGCUCCUGCUACUCAUCCCAGUGCAGCAGCCCUGCCCUUCUAUCCAUCAAUCCCUUCGAGCCAGUCACACCGUCUGGUGCAUCUGCGGCUCACCUUAUGCUGGAGAAGGAAGAAGAGAAGGAGCCAGAGACAAACGUAGACACAGGCUGUGCUGUCAAUAUACAGAGACCUGCUCUGGACACACUAGCAAGAGACUUGAGAUGCUGCCUGCCAGAGGUACAGAGGACGUGGGCUGGAUCAGAAGGAGAGAGUCAGUCAGACCCCAUGGCAGCACAGAGCCUCGUUCAAGAGCAUGAACAAGUGGACGAGUUCUUCAUCUGAUUGACUUCUACAAACAGUAAAUUAAUUAGAGCUGUACCAAUCAGACACUGAGUAUCCGUAUCACGGCGAGCCUGGCUUGAAAUGCUGGAUCAGCAUUAAACCAGAUCCACUUUAUGCUGUGAACACGUUACAUUGACUGACAUGUCACAGAUCAUGCACAUGAACUUGUCACCGUCACCUCUGAUGUUUUGCAUAACUCAAUUUUGCAUAGCAGAACCUCACAGAGUCAAGGCGAGUACUGGAUCAAAAUUAUUUAACCGCCUAUAACCGAGGCUGUGGGAUAUUAUAUAAAAAAAAAAGGGAUAAAAUGGGAUCGCAGCAUCCUUAAACAUGAUAUAAUCAUGUUUCAGUUUUUGUCAGCAAUUCCAAGGCUGCCUAUGGAGUCAGGAUCUUUAGGCAUAUAGUGUGUGUGUUCACCAGACAAGAGCUCCAAUCUCUCCUGACUGAGGAAUCUAUUUAAAAUACAGUAUUAUAAUUAUAUUUUUAAAUGGUCAUAAAAGAUUUGGCAAUUGUCUCAAUUUAAUAUCCGUGCUUCUAUUAUGAAUUACAGUGUUGACCAGACAGUAUCAUAUUUUCUUUAUAUAUUUGAAGCAAAGUAAGGGUGCAGAUCAAGGAUCUGUAUUACACCAGCAACUGCAAAAUAUGAGCAAGAAUGAACAUAAUGACCUAUUAAAAAUUAAGGCUAGAGAGUCUGAAGGUUUGGUGAUUUCCCUGCUUAAAGACACAACUUCAUUUCUUCACAAGUUCAUUUCUAGCAUGAGUGUUUUGAGCAGGGAAAUCACCAAUUCCAAAUGCAGAACACUUUUUAAAAACUCAAAACUGAUCUCUAAAACACCUACAUGCUGUAGACAAACUUAUGGCGUAAGUAUAACCACUAAAAGAUCACUAUAUCGGAUAUUAUUUUGAUCAUACACAAUCAGUCUUGUCAUUACAGUGUGUUUAGGAACACUCUGUGAAGUAAAUUAAGUUCACAGGAAGGAAUGAAAGACGAUGGGGCAUGCUGUUAUAGGAAAAUAAUCAGAGAUGGGAUGGAGUGAUGCGGCCCAACACAAAGGGAAGCUACUGUUAUAUAUGAUUAUUUUCCUAUAACCACACACCACAAAGUGUUUUAUUCCUCUUAUACAACAGCGAUCAAAGAAUGACGUCAUACUUUUUAUCCAUUUAUAGUUGCAUUUAAUCUUGUGGAACAUCCGUGAACCUGUUAUUACUAGUUAUAGCAGCUAUAAACAGGUCAUGACCUCACCAGCCUUUACUUACAUCUCUUGAAAUUAACAAGACAAAAAAAUGCUUGUCAUAUAAACAAGAAACUGGAAAAAAAAAACAAGACUCCUUCUAUAAAUGUCAAAUAAACGACUCCUUACUCGUUAUGUGUUUCUUAGUUGAAUAAAUAGCAUAAUAUUUUUAAAAUCUGUUUAUUAUUAGAUUUAGAUUAUGUGGAGCGUCCCUGUGAAAAUAGUUGUUACAACAGAAUGAUAAUGUAUUCGAACGAACGCAUUAAUAUAAACCUGUGAUUUGCCUUGCAAACGGAAUUCUCGUCAGAGCUGCUGAGAAGAAAAUUAAUCAACACCUUUUGACCGCAUAAUGACAGUUAAUGAGAACCGACUCUUCUUUUCUGUCUGGUGUUUUUUUAUUUUAUAAAACAUAAACCUGUAUUUAGAAGAAUUUACCUCAGUAUUGUAGAUAAUGAAGGGCCUCAAGAUUUGCAGCACAAAAUUGUAACCUAGCAAAGAAUAUUAAUAAUGUAUUUAAAAUGAUGUGUUUUUUUUUUUUUUUGUUAAUUUGUGAAAUACUUGCAUUAGUGCAUUAGUACACUUUAUUAUAUUAAAACACCCAUACCAAACCACAUGGACCAGUAUGUGACUGAAUAAACCUGAACUGAACCUGUGUUUUAUAUCACUGAGUCUUAAGUUACGUUUUCCGUCAAAGGAAACUGCGGACGUCUUCAUUCUCUCAUUCUCUCCAUCUCUAUUCACUCCUAAAAUCAGGAUCAGUGUAAAACAACUCCGAUCCUAACCUCUGAUCUGAGCUCAGUUCCUCUUGAUGUUAAAGGCAAAAAAAGAUCAUUUUGUAAUUGUAAUGAUCUGAACUUUGCUGUGCUGUUUUGUUCUCCAGGAACCUUAUUUUUACUCAAAAUAAUGCUACAUUUAUGUUAUUAUUAUUAUUAUUAUUAUUAUUAUUAGAUCUUUCUCAGAACUGUUUUGAGGUCUAUAAUACUGAUAACAGAGCAGAUCAGAUUCCUUGAACCCACAGACCUUGGGUUUUAAUUAUAAAAAAUUAUAUUUUUAAUUAUUUCCAAACUAAAUUGAAUUUUGUCAGACAAACAAUCUGUAGUCUGGUUUUUGAAAACAACAGCCACUGACAUUUCUAAGGCUGUUUUUAUUUGGUUCCAGUUAAAAUAAACUGCACUUCACAUAAUCUCCAACAGAGGGCGGUGUUUUACAACUUACCUCACCAGGCUUAUUAUUGCUAGGUGUAGCUUCUCCUGUUAAUUUGGCAUGGACUUUGGAAAAGAAAGAAAAAAAAAAAACCUUCAUUUGUUCUGUUAAAAGAUUUCUGAAUUUGUUUUUUCUGCUCUUUUGAGAGAUGGGCGAGACUAUAUUUGGUAGAAGUGAUGUCACGUCUAACAGAAUUAAACAAUUUUUUUAAUACUCAUUGUUUACUCAUUGUUUACAGUUUACAGUUCCACUUUUGCAU